AUGGCGGCACUGGCCAGUAGCCUGAUCCGGCAGAAGCGGGAGGUCCGCGAGCCCGGGGGCAGCCGGCCCGUGUCGGCGCAGCGGCGCGUGUGUCCCCGCGGCACCAAGUCCCUUUGCCAGAAGCAGCUGCUCAUCCUGCUGUCCAAGGUGCGACUGUGCGGGGGGCGGCCCGCGCGGACGGACCGCGGCCCGGAACCUCAGCUCAAAGGCAUCGUCACCAAACUGUUCUGCCGCCAGGGUUUCUACCUCCAGGCGAAUCCCGACGGGAGCAUCCAGGGCACCCCAGAGGAUACCAGCUCUUUCACCCACUUCAACCUGAUCCCUGUGGGGCUGCGAGUAGUCACCAUCCAGAGUGCCAAGCUGGGUCACUACAUGGCCAUGAACGCUGAGGGGCUGCUCUACAGCUCGCCGCAUUUCACAGCUGAGUGUCGCUUUAAGGAGUGCGUCUUUGAGAAUUACUAUGUCCUGUACGCCUCUGCUCUCUAUCGCCAGCGCCGUUCUGGACGGGCCUGGUAUCUGGGCCUGGACAAGGAGGGCCGAGUCAUGAAGGGAAAUCGAGUCAAGAAGACCAAGGCAGCUGCCCACUUUGUGCCCAAGCUCCUGGAGGUGGCCAUGUACCGGGAGCCUUCUCUCCACAGUGUCCCUGAGACCUCCCCUUCCAGUCCCCCUGCCCCCUGAAAUGUCAUCCCAGGACUGGAGGCUCCCCACACUCGCACAGAGCCAGCCACACCACAGCCUGUCUCCCAGCCCUGCUUCCGGCCCUGCUCUCACCACCGCUGCCACACUCAUACCCUGUGCAGCCAGGUCCCACCAGGU